UAAACAGGUUAACGCGUAGAAACGUGACCACGUGACCACGCGAAAGGUCCGAUCUUCGUUUUCCGGUCUUCUGGCGAAGUCGCUAACAGUUCGAUUCUCCAUCUAAAUAAUAGCAUCACCAUCAAGACCGUCAAUCAAAACGAUAACAGAACGAUAACAGAUCGACGACCCUCACGGCCGACACACAAUCAGCGGUCGGGUUUCAGAGAGUUCGUUCUCCUGCAGAACAACAUCCUGUCCGAUGAGCUGGGCGUCCACCGGACCCGCCCAUGGACCUGACCCCGGACCCGACCACGUACCAGACCCUGGACCCGACCCAGGGUCCGGCCCAGCUACCCCGGGACGGAGGAGCCGGAGGCGGGGCCGCCUGGCUGGUGAGGAAGGCGCGGCUGGCGGUGGCGCUGGCGGUCAUCAAGUCCCGCCCGCCCGGGCUGAGUGGCAGGCAGCAGGCGGAGGCUCUGGCCUCAAGGAUGAGGAGCAGAGACGCCGGGCUGAGGAGCAGAGGCCAGGAGCUCCAGGAGGAGGUGCUGCGUCUGAGGCAGCAGCUGCUCCUCGCCAAGAUGGCCGCCCAGAGACGGGACGUGGGCGGAGCCUCAGGUGAGGAUGGGUACCUGCCCCAGGACCUGGGGGUCCCUGCUGAGGAGGAGGCCUCCAUGGUGGACUCGGACUCUGAGUCCCUCCUGCCCCACAUGGACCCGGUACACCCCGUGGUCUCUGGGGGUCCACACACAGACCCUGUACCCCCUGCGGUCCCCGUGAACCCCCAGACCUUCUCCUCGGCACCCCCCAGGCGGUUCCCCCCGCCCCAGACCGCCUCUCCCCGGGGGGGGUCCAUGCAGGGCCACAUGCGGUUCCUCCAGAGCCUGUGUGGGCUCCGGCGGGCCGCGGACAGGGGGGGCGGCGGGGGGGCCCCGGGGCCCGCCUGGUCCGGCCCCCAGCAGCAGGAGGGCUCUGCGGUGAUGGCCGAGUCCCUCAGCCAGCUGCUGGGCUCGGUGGUGGCGGCGGCGGCGUGUCCGGCGGACCCCCCCGUGCUGCCCUCGGGGGCCCUGGUCCUGGAGGCCUGCCGCGUGCUGGCCGGGGCCACGGACGCCGGGGGUUUGAACCGGCAAUCCUUGUUCGUGACGGAGGUGGAGGGGUCCCUGAAGGAGCUGGUGGGGCUUCUGCUCAGCGCAGAUCGACUCGGCAAGGGGGCUGUGAGCGGGGACCACCUGACGGAGGUCCUGGUCCUGCUGGGGGAGAGCCGCCUCUUCCGGCCCCUCCUCGUCCGCCACCUCCUCUCCCUGCUCCGCGGCCUGGCCCAGCGGCUCUGUCACCUGUGCCAGGUGGAGGAACACCUGGAGCCCGAGGACGAGGUCCUCCACCUCCACGAGAACUCCUUCCACCUCUUCUGGCUCCUGGAGCGGCUGCUGCAGCCGGGGAUGGAGGGGGCCCCCCAAGACUACCAGGGGGCAGGGGCCCCCCAAGACUACCAGGGGGCAGGGGCCCCCCAAGACUACCAGGGGGCAGGGCCCCCCCAAGACUACCAGGGGGCAGGGGCCCCCCAAGACUACCAGGGGGCAGGGGCCCCCCAGGACCAGGGGCCCCAGGACUGUGGGGGGGCAGGGGCCCCCCAAGACUAUCAGGGGACAAGGGUCACCCAGGAACAGGGGCCCCAGAAAUGCUUGGGGGCAGGGGUCACCCAGGACCGUGGGGCCUUCCAGGGGCCCCAGGGAGGGGCUGAGCUCCAGGGGCCCCAGGAACGCGAGGCCUUCUUGGGGCUCCUCGGCCACAGCGUCCUGCUGCUCUCCGAUGAGUUCCCGCUCUUUGCUCUCUACAUGUGGCGGAUCGGGGCCCUCCUGUCCUGGUCUUAGAACCAGGACCCCUGCGCCAAACCAGUACACAAACCAGUACUCAAACCAGUGCACAACCAGUACACAACCAGUGCACAACCAGUGCACAAACCAGGACACAAACCAGUACAAUAACCAGUACUCAAACCAGUGCACAAACCAGUACACAAACCAGUGCACAAACAGGACACAAACCAGUACACAAACCAGUGCACAAACCAGUACACAAAUCAGUACACGUUCAGCUGGGUCCUGUUUAUUUAGUUUCAGUCGGAUCAAUAAAUGUUAUACUUUACUGCAACUAUUUUGUAUUUUUAUUAAUGUUAAGCCGUUGCUAUAAACGUUUUUAUAAAGAGUGUCGGACCCCGGCUCAUUUCUCAGGAGGAGUUGAUGGACUGACCCCCACGGUGAAGUUGGGGAACUUGAACGCAUUCAUUAAAAAUUGUGAUCCGAAUGUCAGGCGAC